UAUUUGGGUUGAUGGACGUUCGUGUUCGUCCUUCCCGUCCCAAUUUUCGUGUCACUACCUGGGCACCCAUAGCUCCCGCUUGAGAAUGCAACAACACUUCCUUCGGCCUACACUUCUACUGGUCGAAGAAUAACGUUUUAUAAAAUCCAUCAGAGAAACUAAAGAAAGUCUUUGCUGUUUACAGUAACUUUCAUGGCUGAGAAUUCGGGUUUCGAUCCGGGGAAGAUAAUCUCUUACAAAUUUCCUGAGGUGAAGUUCGCUUACGAUGAAAGAGAUGUUGCACUCUAUGCUCUUGGUAUCGGAGCAUGUAGAGGGAAUGCCUUGGAUGAGAAGGAGCUCAAAUAUGUUUACCAUGAAAAUGGGCAGCCAUACAUCCAGGUCUUGCCAACUUUUGCAGCUAUAUUUACACUUGGAAACAUGGGAUAUGUCAAACAGAUACCAGGGUUAGAAUUUGAUCCACGUCUUCUAUUACAUGGCCAACAAUACAUAGAAAUCUACAAGCCAUUUCCAACCAGUGGCUGUAUACUAAACAGAGGGACAAUUGCAGGAUUGCAUGACAAAGGUAAAGCUGCUGUUGUUGAGAUUGAAACCACAAGUUAUGAGAAAGACUCUGGUCAACCAUUGUGCAUGAAUCGAACGACUAUCUAUUUGCGUGGUGCUGGUGGAUUCACAAAAUCAUCACCUCCAUAUUCAUUCUCAAAAUAUCCAGCCAAUCAAAUUUUGCCAGUUAAAAUUACGAAAGGCCAACAACCUUUUGCAGUAUAUGAAGAUUGUACUCAAGAAUCUCAGGCAUUACUAUACAGGUUAUCAGGAGAUUAUAAUCCUCUGCAUUCGGAUCCUAUGGUUGCAGAAACUGCUGGGUUUUCACGCCCCAUACUGCAUGGAUUGUGCACCCUUGGCUUUGCUGUUAGGGCAGUUAUCAAAUGCAUUUGCAAUGGAGAUCCAACCAAAGUGAAGAACAUAUUAGGCCGUUUUCUUUUACAUGUCUACCCUGGGGAGACCUUGAUUACCGAAAUGUGGCUAGAAGAUUCAAGGGUCUUAUAUCAGACAAAGGUGAAAGAGAGAAACAGAGCAGUGCUGAUGGGUUACGUUACUCUGAAGCACAUAGCUUCAUCGCUAUGAGGUGUACAUCGUGCAUGAUCCCUAAAUUGCUAAAUUGAGGAUGAUGGCUUUUAGUGUUACUCGUUAUGCUCAGCUACAUUAUUUGUACUGAACUAGGGCUGAAUAUGAAAUUAUGAACUCCCGCAGUUAUUAUAUGUUCCGAAAUAUAUGCAGGUCGGCAACAUAAUAGACCACCAUGGUCCAUGGAUGCAGUAUAGAUUGCAUGGUAUUGCGCUUAUUGAAUCAUCA